AUUACAGACAAAUUUUGCAUUCAUAUUUGUGCAUUGGCAACCCAAAGCUGUAGUGGUUUCUUAAUUGGCUUUACAACUCUAUGAGACAGAGAAUGACGAAUUUAACGCGCUUUAUUCUUCUUCUGUUUAUUUCUAUCAUCUAUGUGACCUCAUGCAAUGGUGGUUGUUAUCGAUCGUGCUUGCAAAUAAAACGAAGUCGACGAAAUGCACCAAGUGGUCUUUACUUCAUUUAUGUGAAAUACAUUCGUGUCAAAGUCUACUGUGAAAUGAAAUAUCAUGGAGGUGGAUACACGUUCAUACCAACUCACGCAGUCAGGAGGGGUAGACUAACAACGCUGAUCAGACAGGUUUUCAAAAAUAAAAAAAAUGUCUUGCUUCGCAUUCAAAAGAGAGACGGGUCUCAACCUUUCACUCUUAUCAGUCAACUUUAUCGUAACAGAAGGAUACCAUUGAAAGUUUUGAUGCACUCUUAUGUUGGUUACACACGUCCUUUAAAUUACUAUUUACGUGAUUAUCUAUUCCUUGGGAUUUUACCAAAGUGGAGGGCGCAAAAUAAAGCUAAACAAGGUUUCAGAUCAAAUUAUCGUAAAAUUGUCUUCAAAAACUGCGAUAAAAAUCCGAAUUCCUACUUUGCAUUCUUCCCUAACCAUAAAGGAAUUACACCAAGUACAUACCUCAAAAACAACUUGGUUUUUGAAAGGCGUGGUGUUGCAGUUGAUUGGCGGAAGACUGGUCUGAAUUUACGCAGUUAUGGUCGUUUACCAUGCGACUUCUUUUUCCUUACUGAGUUGCACUUUGGAGGCUGUGGAACGUACACAUCCAGUGACCGAUGGACAGAUGCAACUGGUACAGCCAUUGGUCUUCGUUAAUUGAUUCAAAGGUGGUGGAUUUUUAAGCUAACAUUUCCUAUUUGUUAUUAAUUUGAGUAUAAAGUAAAUGUAUCAUGCAUCUGUAGUCCAUACUACUUCAAUAAAUUUUUCUUUUCCAAAUA